AAACACCUGUGGAAGUGUGCAAGGCAGUCUGGAGGCCAUCAGCCCAUGUCUACAUCAACACCCACAUUGUGAAUUAAUGUAUGUUAGGUUUUUGGUUUUUGCUGAAGAUAUGGCCAGCAUAGAUGUAUUGGCAACCAGGUUUUACUCAUAUGACAAAAUGUACAGUCAAGAUUUACGAGAACAAACUUUUGCAGACUGGCCAUUUCGAGAGGAAUGUAAUUGCACACCUGAAAAGAUGGCCAAGGCUGGGUUUGUCCACUGCCCCAGUGAGAAUGAGCCUGAUGUUGCCUGCUGUUUCUUCUGUCUGAUCGAGCUUGAGGGCUGGGAGCCAGAUGAUGACCCCUGGUCUGAACACACAAAACGCUCACCUAACUGUGGAUUCAUAACCUUAAAGAAAGACUUCACGGAGCUAACGGUGGCUGAAUUCUAUCACAUGGAAAAAGAGAGGCUGAGGGUCUACGUUAGAAAGAUUUGUCAUAAGAAGAUGGCCUAUUUGCGAGAUAAUGUAGACCAUACACAUGAGAGCCUUAAAACCCUGUUGGACUCUAUAUGAUUCCUCUCAAAUUGUGGAAGGAAAUCUAAAUUAUUGUGUAUAUAUUGUGAUUUUUAUCGCUACACUAAUCUUGUGGGUGUAGCUAGAGCCUAUAGUCUUGACUCAGUGCUCUAAUGUAAGUUUAAAAUAUCAAUAAAGUUUUGAGGAAUAUUA